AUGCACAACGAGCGUUUCGAGAAAUAUUACAAGGCGCAGAACAUUGUGCGGGAUGAAGAGUGGGAAUCAUUCAUGCAGUCGUUGAGAGAUCCCCUUCCCACCACGUUCCGGGUAGCCGGAAGCCGACAAGCUGCUCGCUUGUUGAAUGACACUAUCGAGGAUACCUACGUUCCUCAGCUUGCUGAUGUUGUCUUUGAAGGGGAAGCUGUUUCUCCUCCUAAACAAAUUCCAUGGUAUCCAGAAGGUCUCGCAUGGCAGUUUGACGUCUCAAAAAAGGUGUUGCGCAAAUCUCCCGAAUUCAAAAAGUUUCAUUCGUUUCUUGUCUUCGAGACCGAGGUGGGUAAUGUAUCUCGCCAGGAAGCUGUAAGCAUGCUGCCACCACUAUUCCUAGAAGUUGAACCUCAUCAUCGAGUUAUGGACAUGUGUGCCGCUCCAGGAUCAAAGACCGCACAACUUCUGGAAGCUCUUCAUGCACAUGACACCGCGACAGCCUCCUCAUAUCCAACUGGGCUGCUGAUAGCAAACGACAGCGAUCAUAAACGUACCCACCUUCUCAUUCAUCAAUCUGCCCGUCUCCCGUCUCCCGCACUCAUGGUCACGAAUCACGAUGCAUCAAUUUACCCCGCCAUCAAGAUUCCAUCCGAGCAAGUUAUCUUUCCUUCGGACACGAAGCCGCGCGUGGCCGCCAAAAAGCAAUAUCAGCUUCUGUUUGAUCGUAUCCUAUGCGACGUCCCAUGUAGCGGCGAUGGAACUAUCAGAAAGAACCCGGGAAUAUGGAAGCAUUGGCAACCAAUGGAUGGGAACGGUUUACACAGUUUGCAGGUUCGAAUACUCCAGCGGGCGAUGCGUAUGCUGAAGAAAGGUGGCCGUAUUGUGUAUUCGACAUGUUCUCUCAAUCCUGUGGAGAAUGAGGCGGUCGUAGCGGCUGCUCUGAGAUCAAUUCCCGAUUUUGAAUUGCUCGAUAUGUCGAAUCACCUAUCAGGGCUCAUUCAUCGCCCUGGUAUAACCUCGUGGAUACCGACUGUAGAUCGUGCGAUCAAAACUGAUUUCGCUACAUUUGCGGACUAUCUGCAGUCACUACCAGAAGAUAAGCGUGCUGAGAGCAAGAUGAUCGAGUCGCACUGGCCGCCCCCGGCGAAUGAAGUGGAUAAUCUGAAUCUUACUCGUUGUAUACGAAUAUAUCCUCAUUUACAGAAUACUGGUGGAUUCUUCAUUGCGGUGUUGCAAAAGGCACGUGCGAUCGUUGCCCUUCAGACUGCUGUAAGCCAAACAUCACAGAAGGAUGGCAAAAGACAUGCAGAGGAGGUUGACGACCUCGACACUUCAGACGCGAAGAAGGCCAAAAUUGCGGAGGAGCAACAUGUCUCUUUAAAAGACGAUAUAAUUAUACAACGAAUCGGAAUUGAUGAGGACGAUGAAGUUGAUACGACUGAGGCAAACGGUCCUAUAUCUGCUAUGGAUGUCGACCAGAAGCUGGAGAUCGCAUCUGAGGUCUCCCCUGACCAGUUCAAGCAACAGCAAAGUCGCAAGGGAAAGGGCAAGUCCUCAGAGGGCGGGACGCACUUCAAAGAGAACCCGUACACAUUCGUCGCGCCAGAUGACCCCAUUAUCCAAACUUGCAUAUCCAAGCUUCACCUCAAGCCCGACUUCCCCGCGUCUAACAUGCUUGUUCGUAACCCUGCAGGCGAUCCGGUCCGCUCGCUCUACAUGACUAACGAUAUCGUCAAACACAUCGUAAUGCACAACGACUUCGCCCGAAUGCGACUCAUGACUUGUGGUACGAAGGUGUUCGCAAAGCAGGAAGGAGCCGAAGCGAAGAGAGAAGGUGCGGAGAUGCAGUUCCGCGUGCUCAGCGAGGGCUUGCCCGUUGUUCUGCCGUAUAUCGAUCCCCAAGCGGUACUUCCAGCGGAUGUCACAGCGCUGAAGACAUUCAUGCAGGCAUACUAUCCGUUAUGCUCUAGUUUUGGUGACCCGUUCAGAUCCCUCAUCGAGUCGAAAGCCCCCGGCAGCUAUAUAGUCCGCUUCGAACCGGGGCAGGCAGCAGGUGCAACAUUAGUACACGAUCUCGUUUUGCCCAUUUGGAAGUCCACUGUGUCCGCCACCUUGAUGCUCGACAAGAAAGCAAAGAGUGCUCUCAGCUUGAGAUUAUGCGGAGAAGAUAUCACGACAGCUGCUCGAGAUGCGGCUAAGAAAAAGCAACAGGAGCAGAGACCCACACCCACGGAAACAUCUGCUCUCGAUGGUAACACUGAAACUGAAGGGUAA